AGGUAAAAGCAACCCAGUUUUCGGUAACUGAAUAGACAUCAUGUCUCGAGCACGGCAGCCCCCACUUGUAACUGGCAUCUCUCCCAAUGAAGGCAUCUCAUGGACAAAAGUGACAAUUAGAGGAGAAAAUUUGGGGACUGGGCCUACAGACCUUAUAGGUUUAACAAUCUGUGGGCAUAACUGUCUGCUAACUGCUGAAUGGAUGUCUGCCAGUAAAAUCGUGUGUCGAGUCGGACAGGCUAAAAAUGACAAGGGAGACAUUAUUGUUACUACAAAGUCUGGUGGCAAAGGAACUUCAACUGUUUCCUUCAAACUGCUUAAACCUGAAAAAAUAGGUAUCUUGGAUCAGUCUGCUGUCUGGGUGGAUGAAGUGAACUAUUAUGACAUGCGCACUGAUAGGAACAAAGGGAUUCCCCCCUUGUCCCUGCGUCCGGCUAAUCCGCUUGGUAUUGAGAUAGACAAAGGCAGAUUUCCUCAAAAAGAUUUAGAGGCAUUGUUUCCUGGGAUGAGUGCUGAUUUCACUAGUGAAAACUUUUCUGCUGCCUGGUACCUGAUUGAGAAUCAUUCAACAACAAGUUUUGAUCAGCUCAAGACGGCUGUUGUGAAUUUGAAGAAACAAGCCAAUAAGAAAAACGAGGGGAGUCUAGCUUAUGUGAAAGGAGGUCUCAGCACGUUUUUUGAAGCACAAGAUGCUCUGUCAGCAAUCCAUCAAAAACUGGAAGCGGAUGGAACGGAAAAAGUAGAAGGAUCCAUGACGCAAAAACUGGAGAAUGUACUGAACAGAGCCAGUAACACAGCAGAUACCUUAUUCCAAGAAGUGCUGGGUCGCAAGGAUAAAGCUGAUUCAACGAGAAACGCACUUAAUGUUCUUCAGCGUUUUAAAUUUCUUUUCAACCUUCCCUUGAAUAUUGAAAGAAAUAUCCAGAAGGGCGAUUAUGAUGUGGUUAUUAAUGACUACGAAAAAGCCAAGUCACUCUUUGGAAAGACAGAGGUUCAAGUAUUCAAAAAAUAUUAUGCUGAAGUUGAAACCAGAAUUGAAGCUUUAAGAGAACUUCUGUUGGAUAAACUGCUUGAAACUCCGUCAACAUUGCAUGAUCAGAAACGUUAUAUAAGAUAUCUUUCUGAUCUUCAUGCUCCUGGGGACCCUGCUUGGCAGUGCAUUGGUGCUCAACAUCAGUGGAUUCUGCAGCUCAUGCACAACUGUAAGGAGAGCUAUGUUAAAGAACAAAAAGGCAACUCAUCGCUCCACAGCCCCAUGUUGGACCUGGACAAUGAUGUGCGUCCAUCACCAAUUGGCCACCUCAGUCAAACUGCUUCACUGAAAAGAGGCAGCAGCUUUCAGUCUGGCCGUGAUGAUGCUUGGCGAUACAAAGCUCCUCAGCAAGUUGUGUUUGUUGAGAAGUUGACAAAACUUGUUGUAAGUCAGCUGCCCAACUUCUGGAAGCUCUGGAUUUCUUAUGUGAAUGGAAGUUUAUUCAGUGAGACUGCUGAAAAAUCUGGCCAAAUGGAAAGGUCAAAGAAAAACGCUCGGCAAAGACAAAAUGAUUUCAAGAAAAUGAUCCAGGAGGUGAUGCACUCUCUGGUAAAACUUAUCCGUGGAGCUUUGCUUCCAUUCAGCCUCAGAGAAGGAGAAUCAAGACAGUAUGGUGGCUGGGAGAUGAAAUCUGAACUUUCUGGCCAGUGGCUAACACAUGUUAUCCAGACUGUAAGGCUUAGUUCUGAGUCUCUUACUGCACUCGAGAUACCCAAUGAUAUGCUUCAGAUCAUCCAGGAUCUUAUUUUGGACCUUCGUGUACGUUGCAUUAUAGUGACCUUACAACACACAGCUGAAGAUAUUAAGAGGUUAGCUGAAAAAGAAGACUGGGUUGUUGACAACGAAGGUUUGACAUCGUUGCCAUCCCAGUUUGAACAGUGCAUUAUCCAUUCCUUGCAAUCUCUUAAAACUGUACUGGACUGCAAACCUGGAGAGGCCAGUGUUUUCCAGCAGCAGAAAACACAGGAGGAUGUGUGCCAGCUAAGCAUUGGGAUCAUGCAGGUCUUUAUAGACUGUUUGGAACAACUGAGCACCAAACCUGAUGGUGACAUAGAUACAGCACAUCUUUCAGUUGAUGUUUCAUCUCCAGAUUUGUUUGGAAGCAUUCAUGAAGACUCAAGUCUUUCUUCUGAACAGAGGCUUUUAAUUGCACUCAGUAACUGCCGUUAUCUGGAACGUCAUACCUUCUUAAAUAUAGCUGAACAUUUUGAGAAACAUGGCUUUCAAGGUGUUGAAAAAAUAACUCAAGUUAGCAUGGAAUCCUUGAAAGAGCUGGAUCAAAGACUGUUUGAAACGUACAUUGAAUUCAAGGCAGAUCCGAUAGUUGGGUCAUUAGAACCCGGCAUUUAUGCAGGAUAUUUUGAUUGGAAAGAUUGUCUUGUUCCAGCAGGUGUCAGAAACUAUUUGAAAGAAGCUUUAGUGAAUAUCAUUGCUGUGCACGCAGAGGUGUUUACCAUUUCCAAAGACUUAGUUCCUCGUGUAAUGUCAAGAGUUGUAGAAGCAGUCUCUGAAGAAUUGAGCCGACUGAUGCAGUGUGUUUCAUCCUUCAGCAAAAAUGGAGCUUUACAGGCAAGACUUGAAAUCUGUGCAUUGAGAGAUAGCGUGGCCAUAUACCUCACACCUGAGAGCAAGUAA